AUGGUUAAAUCAAGUCGAAGGUUAUGCUGUAGUCGCAACACUCUCAUGGUGGUAGUCGUAUUCAUAUUAGUCACACUACACGCAUACAAAACAAGCAGGCAACAGGCCAACCCCAGCACCUUCUCGUAUAAUAACGAAGAAAAUACCGGGGAUUUGGGGUUUGCUGACAUGCUAUCCAAGACCGAAUCAAGUGUCAAAGACUGGUUUGCGGCGAAAGACAUCACUGACGUGCGCGGAGAACUCAACAGUGCUAUUGAGGACCUGUCAAUGGGCGCCCUUAAAUAUCCCGAUCAAGUCAAUGGUAAGCAAGAUGAUUCUAUAGCCGUCCGCAAUAUAAGAGAUGACGAUGGCUCUAACACAGAUGGGGUGGUGUUUGAAAACAAUAACUUGGACCAGUGGCGCAAACGCAACGAAGAUUAUGAGGGGCAGAAUCAGCUUAUCGAAGAGCAAUCAUAUCAUCAGGUGGAAGGACAGAGUACUGUUGAAAAGUAUAUACGAACUCCACCGAGACCUCCAAAGUGUGCAGAGCUAGGCCUCAAAUCAAAGGUCAAACAGAAGGACGUAGCUAAGACACUGAUGGGUGUCUGUCCAGUUUUUCACAAGCAGUUGGAAUUUCACAAAGGUGAGCAACUAUAA